UCUCUAUCCAUCAAUUUAUCCAAAAUUCCAAUCCCAAUCUCUCUCUCUCUCACGCUUUGAGUGUGACUGAGUGAGUGUGAGUCACACCCAAUCGGCGCAAAUGGCAACCACCACCAACCACCCUUCAUCAUUCUCAAGCCUCCGCGCCUACCUCGGUGCCGUCGCCCACACUCCCUCCCGCCUCGCUCGCCGUGCCGUUUCUGUCUCCACCUCCUACGACGAGAUGAGCAAAGUUCGCGCCCGCUCCGGUUCCUCCAUGCGUAAGACCCUCCGCUGGUUCGACCUCGUCGGCUUAGGCCUCGGCGGUAUGGUCGGCGCCGGCGUCUUCGUCACCACCGGCCGCGCCGCUCACGACUUCGCCGGUCCCGCUGUUGUCCUUUCCUACGCCAUUGCCGGCCUCUGCGCCCUCCUCUCCGCCUUCUGCUACACCGAGUUCGCCGUCGAUAUGCCUGUCGCCGGCGGCGCCUUCAGCUACCUCCGCGUCACCUUCGGUGAAUUCGCAGCGUUUCUAACCGGCGCAAACCUCGUGAUGGACUACGUGAUGUCCAAUGCCGCCGUCGCCAGAAGCCUCACAGUCUACCUCGGAAGCGCAAUCGGAAUCUCCCCGGAGAAAUGGAGGCUCACCGUCCCUUCCUUUCCCAACGGCUUCAACCAGGUAGACAUCGUAGCGGUGGCCGUCGUUUUGCUGAUCACUCUCGUAAUCUGCUACAGCACUCGGGAGAGUUCAGUGGUGAACAUGAUCCUCACAGCGCUGCACAUACUCUUCAUAGCGUUCGUGAUAGUGAUCGGAUUCUGCAGAGGGAGCUGGAAGAAUUUCACGGAGCCGGCUCACCGGGAGAAUCCGUCGGGAUUCUUCCCGUACGGCGCGGCGGGGGUGUUCAAAGGCGCGGCGGCGGUUUACAUGAGUUACAUUGGGUACGACGCCGUUUCAACGAUGGCGGAGGAAGUUAGAGAUCCGGUGAAAGAUAUUCCGAUCGGAGUUUCGGGUUCGGUUGCGAUCGUAACCGUUUUGUAUUGCUUAAUGGCUGCUUCAAUGUCAAAGCUUCUUCCCUACGAUUUGAUUGAUGCUGAGGCGCCAUUUUCGGCGGCGUUUAACGGGAGAUCGGACGGUUGGGGAUGGGCGUCACGGGUGAUUGGGGUGGGGGCCAGUUUUGGGAUACUGACGUCGCUGUUGGUGGCGAUGCUGGGUCAGGCACGUUACAUGUGUGUCAUCGGACGCUCCAAUGUGGUCCCUACUUGGUUCGCUAGGGUCCACCCCAGAACUUCAACCCCUGUCAACGCCUCUGCUUUUCUUGGGAUCUUCACAGCAGCAAUUGCCCUUUUCACUGACCUUGAGAUCCUCCUUAAUCUGGUGUCCAUUGGCACCCUCUUUGUCUUUUACAUGGUGGCAAAUGCUGUGAUCUAUAGACGUUAUGUGGAUGCAGGGAAAACCAAUCCAUGGCCUACAUUGUCCUUCCUCUGCUCAUUUUCCUUUACCGCCAUCAUGUUCACACUUAUUUGGAAAUUUGUACCAUCAGGAAGGGCAAAAGCAGGGUUGCUUUGUGCUUGUGGUGUAAUUGCUAUUGCAGUGUUACAACUUUUCCAUUGUAUGGUCCCUCAAGUUCGUAGACCAGAAUUCUGGGGUGUCCCACUCAUGCCAUGGAUACCCUGCAUCUCAAUCUUUUUGAAUUUGUUCUUGCUUGGAGCAUUGGAUGGACCAUCCUAUGUUAGGUUUGGAAUCUUUUCGGCAGUUGCGGUGCUCUUCUAUGUCUUUUACAGCGUUCAUGCUAGCUUUGAUGCUGAAGGAGAUGGUUCCCUCAGUCAAAAGAAUGGUGAAAUUCAUGCGGAAUCAAUAGAAUGUGAGGACCUGAGUUCCAAAGUGUAGAUCAUUUUUAAUUUAUGUUUUAAAGUCAUGAUGGACUUCAACCUUUUUUGAAUGGUUGGUGUUCAUUCGGAACAAGAAUGUGGGGAGAGGGAUAAUCAUGUGAAAUGGGGAUUAAAUGAGAUAGAUUAUUAGAACAGGAUGCAACUUUUGUAGAAGUGGGGAAUUGUAUAGUUGAAGGGCGGCUUAGGUUUUGAUCCCUUUUGUAAAUUCUAUGGCUCAAGUUAUCCCAAAAAUUAAAUGGAAAUUUUGGAAAACAA